ACAGAAGUCUUGAACCAGAGUGACUCAGAUGAUAGUGAAUUCCCCAACUACAGUGAUCACGGAAAUGAAACCCAUUUAUUUUUUUCACCUAUUCUGGUGGCUGGAGUUGUGAUUGGAAUUGUGCUGUUUCUGUCCUGUAUUACAAUCGUUGUUGGCGGUCUGCGAAAGGAAAGGCGGUUGAGACGCCAACGUCCAAGAACAGAUGUUGUUUAUGCUCCAGAUGGCUUCUCUUAUGGUGGCUCUUUUGGAGAGCUGAGAGCCACCUGCAUACAGGAGUAUCCCCCAACUCUUGAGCUUGGUUCCAGUGUGGAUACACGUCAACGUGUUGUCAACGUCAUAUAUUCCGAUUCACCUCCACGCUAUGAUGAAUGCGUAGGGCCAGGAGCAAGACAAACAUAUAUUCCCACAGAUAAUCCUCCCCCAUAUUCUGUUACGGACCCUUGUCGAAGAAAUGAAACAUCUAUAAACAUUGGCCUGGAAGCAGCAUGUGGGUCUACAUGCACUGCAAAUUGUGCAGUCAGGCUGCAGAACUUGCAGCAGCCCACUUCAUCCAUCUCUUUGUCACCUCUCACUCUGGGGGCUACCUCCCGGUACGAGACAGUGGCGCGUCAACAGAAUACCCCUGUAUCACUUGUUCCAGUUGAAGUGCUGAAAAAUUCUUCUCCUACCUAUCAAGCUAUUCUGAAUCAGGUCAUAUAA